GGCCUGAAGUGCCGUAUGACGCAUGUGCAAAUUCGCUGGAGGAAGUAGUUAUUUUCGGAAUUUGCAAGGAAAAUGUAGAAGAUGUGUUUAUUGAAAUUAUAAAUACGAGGUGAUUAAGGCAAUAUGGGAUAUGAACUCAAUCGCUUUCAAGGUGAUGUAGAUGAAGAAUUGGUUUGUCCCAUAUGUAGUGGAGUGUUAGAAGAACCCUUGCAGGCCCCACAAUGUGAGCAUGCAUUUUGUGGAGCUUGCAUACAGGAAUGGUUAACAAGACAACCAACUUGUCCAGUUGACCGGAACCCCAUCACCCCCAAUCAGCUGAAGCCUGUCCCCCGCAUCCUCAGGAACCUUCUGUCCCGCCUACAGAUCGCUUGUGAUAAUGCCACCUAUGGCUGUACCGCAGUAGUUAAAUUAGACAUGCUGUCUGCACACAUACAGGAAUGUGAGCACAAUCCCAAAAAGCCCGUUCAUUGUGAGAGUGGGUGUGGGAUUGUUGUUCCCAAGGAUGAGUUAAAGGAUCACAAUUGUGUUCGAGAGCUUCGUAAUCUAGUGCAACAACAGGCAUCAAGAAUGACAGAAAUGCAGACUGAAUUAACAGAACAGAAAUUAAAUAUCAGUGAACAAAAAAGGGAACUACAGCUUUUAAAAGAGUAUAUGAGAUCAAUGAGAGUGUCUAACCCCAGAAUGAGAGAAAUACAAUCAGAGAUGGAAAAUGCUGAUGUUCUAAGAUGGGUGAACAGUUUACAGACUGCCAGAGUGACACGGUGGGGUGGAAUGAUUUCUACCCCUGAUGCUGUGUUACAAGCAGUGAUCAAGAGGGCCCUCAUUGACAGUGGCUCCCCACCCCACAUAGUCAAUGAGCUGAUGGAAAACGCCCACGAACGACGGUGGCCAAAUGGACUCAGUACUUUGGAGACCAGGCAACUCAACAGAAGACAGUAUGAAAAUUAUGUCACAAAACGAAUUCCAGGAAAGCAAGCUGUGGUGGUGAUGUCAUGCGAAAACGAACACAUGCCCGAUGAUUUGAUUAUGGAGCCCGGACUGGUCAUGAUAUUUGCCCAUGGCGUGGAAUGACCAAAAAUAAUGAGCAACGAUCUGUGAUAUUCUGUGAUUAAUGGAACUUUUAGGAACUAGAUUUGAGAUGGCUGACAGAACAGGAGAGAUAAAGUGCUUUCACAUCUAGUAACAAACAGAUCACAUGUUCUAGAUGACCAUUCUCAUUACUAUUGUGUAUAUUACUAGGAAUGUACAUGUUGUUUGACAUUCUAAUGUUACUUACAAAUGGUGCAUACAUAUUUUUUGAAUGUUGAAUACCUGUAUAAAUUAUAAUCAUGUUUUCUUUUUGAUUUUUUGCUCCAAUUUUUAAAAAAAAAAUUCUCUGUCACAACUUCUGUUUCACAAUGGUACAUGUAUAUAAGUUGUUAGCAUGAAUGAAGUUAUGUCUAUGCCUUAAUUUCUCUCCAAAUGAUAGUUUGUCUUGCAUCUAUCACCUUAUUUUCAAGUUUUCACAGGAAAGUAUUUAUUACAAAACAAAGUUCUUGCUUUGUUGUAUGAUCCUUUGUUUUGACAAGUGUUAGAACUUUUUAAUAAUGAUAAUGUCUUUCAAAGUUUUGAACAAAUAUAUAUAUUUUCCCACAAGUAAUAAGUAAUAAAGACACACUUUGCAUUUAUAUCUAGGUUUUGUCCUGUCUGACUAUGUACCUUUUGUAAUAUGUAUAGAAUUAACAAAUGUGUACAGUGAAUCACCUCUUUCUUUUUCAUUGUUUAAUAGUCAGUACAUACAUUUAUGAUCAUUUUACUUUUACACUGAGGUAAAAUAAUGAUUGACUGUUCACAAUUGUAUGAGAUUUCCUCCAAAAUGUAUGGUUACAUUUUUCGGAUAUGGAAGUAUGAUAUCAUUUUGCAGUCAAACUGUAAACAUUACAGCCAGGCUGUGUGUACCAUUGACUGUUUAUUUAGAUGUUGCUUUUAAAAGUACAUUAAAAAUUAUUUAUGACUAUAUUUAAUAGGUUCUUUAAGAUGUAUGUAUAUUGUAUAUGAUGACAUAUAUUUUAUUUUAUAAAAAUGUAGUUAAAAUAGUUAUAACUGCAUUUCCAUGACAGAAAUAUGUUAAAUACUUGUAUAAAUAUUGAUUAAUGUUUAAUGAAAAUGAUGGAUUUAUUUUGUGAAGAAAAAUUAGUUUCAUAGGCAAAAACAAUCUGAUUUUUGGACAGAUUUGGUUGCCCACUUUAUCCAUUCAAUUUUUUUAUGUACAAUUUGCUUGCCUUAUUCACUCCAAUAGGUAAGCCUUGAACUAUUUAGGAAAACCUGAAAGCUUUGAGUGAUGGUUGGCCACUGUUUUUUCACCAAACUGAAAGUGUAAAUCAUUAAAGGCAGAUUGGGAAAUUCAAACUGCUAAACAUUCUGUGCAAUUGUAUCCAGGAAUCCAAAUGCCCCAACAUAGGCAAUGUCUGUGUAUAUGUAAGGUUUAAUUGAAUAUCUUAACUAUCUGUCAAAGUGUUGUAAAUAUUGUGCAUGUGUAAAAUACAACAUAUCUUGCAUUUACAGAAAUUCAUUGUGUCAAGUCAACUUAAUGUUGCGUUCAGCUACACUUUAUUGUUUAGAUGAAAAUAAAAAAUAUAAAAAAUA